AUGCAUAAUGAGCAAGCGGACGUGGAGAAUUCGGCAGUCAAUGGCACAGAGGCCGAAGCACCUACUUCUGCAAAACAAGCGCAAACCACUACCACGACACCUAAUCGCGCCCGAACCUCAGGUUCCAAAUCCCUUGUUACGGAUAGCCAAAGUACUGCUGGACUACCACGGAAUAUCGAACGACAAGAGAAACAGCAACAGACCGGACCACCUACGGCAGAGUCAUCUACGAUGACGAACAACGACGAGAGCCCAGAGAUUGGCAAGCAGACACGUCCACGAUUGUCCAGAAAAGGAGGGAAUCAGUCCACAAGUGCGGACGACCGUGAGAUCAACAGCGGUCGUUCUCAAUUACCGAAUGCCGAACAAGCAAUACCAGAACCGGCACGUGAAACACAAUAUAUGCCUGAAGACGCGCCAUCUGGCGGUUCCGCAAAGGUAAAGCGAAAGGGAGCCAGGAUCUCGCCCGCGAAGCGGCCGACAAACACAGAAACAGAGUCUCGACCGCAAAGCCCGAUUGAGUCUGCGCCCACCACUGGUAAAUCCUCCGCAGCUGGUGCACGCAGAGGUCGCAAACCGACAAAGAAAGCGGAGAUACAAGCUGCGCCCGAACCCGAAGCUCGAGCAGAGCCAGCAGAAAUCGAAGAGUCAGGAUCUCGCCGGGGCAAGGCCGGGAGAAAGGCCACGAAAACAGCAGAGCACAAGUCUGCGGCUGCAUCCAAACCGACAGCCUCUCAAACAGAGCCGGAGCCGGCGCCACAGCCCCUUGUUGAAGAGCCGUCACCAGCAGCUGAACCCGAAAUCUCGAAGAAUCGUCGUGGCCGACCGGGGAAGAAGGCCAAAGUGGGCUCGGAACCACAACGUCCAGCCGAUUCGCACUCAGAUCCUCAGCCUGAAUCCCCACCCGAGCCUGAACCCGAAGUUGAAGAGCCAGCCCAUGUGCUGGAACAGGAGACGUUACCAAGAUCGUCAAACAAGCGCCACGACAAGCCCGGAAAUAAAUCCAAGCGAGCACCGAGGCCGGAAGAGGCUCCGCCAGAAGAGCACACGGAGGCAGAGGCUCCUCAAGAAACCCAACGGAAACCAAGAGAACCCCGCGGGGAGACAGUCCCUGUCACGGUUCAUCGUCUUGCCAACGCUGCUGCACUCGGUGGCACAUACGCAAGUGUCGAUGAUUCAGGGGACGAGAGAGAAGGAUCUCCAGAUGAGAUUUCGACUCGCCAGAAGACAAAGAUACCGAGCCGCGGGGGCGUCAACCCUGCCGAUGUCCUCGGUCAGAUUUGCCGUGAGACACUGGAGAAGACGCUCGCGACACUAAAGACUGGGAUCGAGAACGAGUCCAACCCCACGCGGCGGGCCGAAUGGUCGCGUAAGCGCAAAGCCGUGGAAAGCUUUGGCAUGGAGCUGGAUGGUCGCUUGUUGGACCUGAGUGAGAUGCUUGACAGCAAUUUCGUGCUUGGUGUGCAACUUAAGAAGGCGAAGCGCGAUAUGAUGGACUUGCGAAGUCAUCUUCAUCAGGUGCGGCGUGAACGAGAAGCUAUCGCCUUACAGAUGGACAGGGUGCGCAGCAAGCACAUGGAGGAAGAGCAGGAGACGACGGCGCGAUCCACUAUCAACAAUUCCAUACACAGCCUCGAGCUCGCGCUCGACCGCAGCCAACAUCGCGCAUCAUCAUCUGCAGAAACAUCAUCUACCGAGCUCGAAUUCCUGCUGCGUACUGUUGCCGAGGAAGUGAGCUGUCGCGCCCCUGGCGCACAGGGUGGUUUACUUCAUCAGAUCCGAAGCCUCAAUGCGCAGCUGGAGGCAACGGCACGGCAACUGGAGAGACAGUGA